CAUCAAUGAGGUGAGCCUGAAGCGGAGCUAUAUUGUGCAGUGAGACAACAAAUGUGUCGGUGUGGUACGUAUAGAGAGAGCCGCGCGGUUCAAUUUGGAACGAUAAACCAUUCUGUUUCACCUCCGCCGUUUCUGCAUCAUUCAAACCUCCUGCUCCGUUAAAACUUCCUCGAAGCAUUCAGAUCGGUCCAAUCCUCACAGAAACCCUAACGAAUUCGGACGCACGACUCCACCACUCAGCCUUCCUGCUGCCUCAUCGUUCUCAGGGCAGGUUCUGGGGGGAGGGCAAGAAGGGCGACCGCCCUAGGCCCGGAAAAAAAUAGUGUUAGCAUGGACGUCUCUAGCUUCGCGGCCCUGAAGAAAAAACUGGCCAAGGACCCAAAGAAGAGGAAGGAGACGGGGACUCAGAAACCCGUCGAUGAAUUCUUUGAGAGAGAGGGGGCCACUCGGGUCCCGGAGGGUGAGGGACCCUCCAAAGCUGAUGGUGCUGGUGACGGCGCCGGGGGAUCCCAGCCGGAGCCCAAGAGGAAAAGUGCCGGGAAGGGCGUGAUGCCUCCGGAGAAGAAGAAAAAGAAGGGGGCCCUGAGAAGAAGGACGCCCCUAUCGUCAUUGUCGAAGGGCACUCCUCCUCCUCCCCCUCAGAAAAUGUCCUCCCUUCUCCCGGGGCCAAGAUAACACCCUGGCUUGGCCCCGGGAUGAUGUGCAGUUCUCUAUCACCAAGGGAACUGCCAUCAUGCAUGGCACCCUCAACCCGAGGGAGUUCCUAAAGGGUGCCACGCCCCCGACUGACAAGUCGGUGCUGUCGAGGGCUAAGGAUGACGCCCUUAGCGCGAAAGUUCUCCAAGCCUCUGUUACGGCUGCCCUCGGUCUCGGAGAACUGCUCCAGAGGAUGGAGCGAUACCAGGUGCAGAAGCAGCAAGCUGAUGAGGCCCUAGCGGAGUCCCGGCGGCAGCUCCAGGAGGUCCAAGAGACCCUUCGGCUGGAGAAGGAGGCCUUCAGCAGUAUCCUCGAGAACAAUAAGGUGAUAGCCAGAGCCGAGGGGAAAGCUGCUGCCGAGAGGGAUGCUGCCGAAGCCGCCAAGGUUGCGGCCGAGGAGGCCGAGGCAGCCAAGAAGGUAGCUGUUGCCGAGGCGGAGAAGAGUGCCGUUGCCGCCUUCGCUGCUGGGGGCUGGAUGGACGAGGACCGGAAGGAAUGGGUGGCCUCGGUCAUACGGCAGGGGGUGGACGCCUGGGUAAAGGGCCCCGACGCUGAGUGGCUAGCCCGAAAGGGCAAGGAUUAUUAUGAUGGCGGUGAAUUCUUCACUCAGAAGAUGAUCUACCGAAGGCUAGCCCGACACCUGAAGAUCGAUCUGAAGGAGUUUGAUCCGGUAGCUCACGGACUUCCCCCCUUGCAGCCGGAUGUCAGAGUUCCCCUUCCAGAAGGUGAAGAGAGGCCGGAUCUCGAGGAUUCCGAGCUUAUGGGCGAGGGCGACGAAGAAGAAGCCGAAGAUGAUGCGGCCUCAGUGCCGAAGGAAGAUGCUGCCCCAAAUAUAUAAACUUAGAAUUUUUCCCAAGUUGGAAUAUGUGUAAUAGCUUGUAGGCCUCGAUCCUGAUUGUAAAGUAAACACCUUCUGUAUUUUGGAAUAUUUUUCCUGAUGGAUGAAUGGUAUGCCCUCGGGCCUUUUGUGAAUGAAUGCC